CCGUCACUGAAACCAGUUUAAGACCAGUUUAUUUUGAGAAGUGGUUUUGCCUUACACACCAGUAUUCACACAGGUGAGAAGCCAUAUCCCUGCAAAGCAAGUGGGAAACGUUUCAGUUGAGAGGCUGUACAUUUGUGAUACAUGUGGUAAAACCUUCACUCAAAAUAUUGAUUGAACAAGGCACAUGAAGACUCACAUAGGUGACAAGUUGUCACCUGUGUGUAUGUGUGUGUGUGUUCCUCUGACGGAACUUUAUAGUGAGACAAGAGGCGGAAGUGGUUUGCUUUUUAAAACCCGUUAGUGGCGUGGUUGUGUUUCUGCGUGUGUGGACUGAGCUGUAAGACAUUUGUGUCGUGUCUUCGUAUGCCUAAAAAAAAUUUGAGCUGUUGAAGUAACAAUGUCUUCAGCUGAGAGUUUGAGAGAGUUGAUCAUCGAGCGACUAACUGCUGCUGCUGAAGAAAUAUUCGGACUCUUUGAAAGAACUGUCGUCCAGUACGAGGAAGAGAUCGAUCGUCAGCGCAGACUGCUGGAUAUCACCUGGAAACCUGAGAUAAAGUUACACAGAAUAGACCUCCCACAGCAACAUGUUUAUACAGAGGAGGAGGUUCUCACUGAGGAGCAGCUCUAUAACCAGGAGAGGAAAUCCAGUCUGGACCAGGUAGAACCAGAACCUCCACAGAUUAAUGAGGAACAGAAGAAACUCUGUAGCAUUCAGCAGGAAGAACAUCUUGUAUUGAACCAGGAGACCGAUUCCUCGAUGGAGACUCCUUCUGAUGAGGAAAGUGAGCACAGUGAACCAGAACCAAACAGUGAUCAUCUCCUCUCUUACAACUCUCCUGUAGCUGAGAGGCCAGAUCAGUAUGGAAGGAAACGUGUAGACUCAGGAUCAACCAGAAAUUCAGAGCUGAAUCCAAAGAAGAGACAUCACAGAGACACAAGUCACAGAAACAAUGUCGACAGCUCUUCCAUGUCAGAGAGUGAGAGUGAUACUGACUGUGGAAAAACCUUUAAGUACAAGCAUUUAAUGGAGAGACGGUACCGAUUUCACCCAUCUCAGACGCCUUAUCAUUGUAACACAUGUGGUAAAAGUUUCACACAGCGUAGCAGCUUGAUUUUACACACCAGGAUUCACACAGGUGAGAAACCAUAUCCUUGCAAAACAUGUGGGAAACGUUUCACUCAAAAUAGUGAUUUGACUGUGCACGUGAGGACUCACACAGGUGAGAAGCCAUAUCCUUGCAAAUCAUGUGGGAAACGUUUCAGUCACACUGGUGCUUUGAAUAAGCACGUGAGGACUCAUACAGGUGAGAAGCCGUAUGAUUGUAACACAUGUGGAAAAUCCUUCAAUCAAAGUAAUAAUUUCAAGAGACACAUGAGGAUUCACACAGGUGAAUAGUCCCUCUGCCUGGGACGAUCAUCUAAUUUGGAUUUGGAGAGGACCACUUUAGGGACCAACUUAGUUUGUUCACCUAAAGUUUGCAGGAGACAAAACAACAGUGACUUUACCGCAUGUCAAACUCAGUGAGGUUGGUUUAUGAAAUUUGUUUUUAAUCAGACUGCACAUUCAAUUGGAGGCUGAUAAACUGCG